UUUAAUUAGGGCAGUGUGAGCAUCUCCCGGCGGGGCCGCAUUGCCGGGCGGCGAGGGGAGCCCGGACGAGCCGCCCGGGACGCCGUCCCCCUGGGCCGGAGCCGUCGGGGCUCCAGCCUGGGCUUUCGACAGCUGGCGAACCGGGCCUGGAGCCGCGGAAAGCUCCGCACUCCGCCACCAUGGGCAGCGCGGGCGCGGAGGACAAGGGUCAAACUUAAUAGAAAAAUUGGAAGUAUGCCCAAUGAAAAUCCGUACAGCAGGCAAAGAAGCAAUAGAGGUGAAAAUCCCACAGAGGCACCAGGAUGUGAUGCCCAAUGAUGAGCAAUAAUUACUGCAGCAACACUUCAGCCAGCAUGAGUGUCAACGAAAUGUCUGCCUUCCCUCUGACUUUAGAGCAAAAAACUGGCUUUGCCUUUGUAGGGAUUUUGUGUGUUUUCUUGGGACUUCUAAUUAUCAGAUGCUUCAAAAUCUUGCUAGACCCCUACAGUAGUAUGCCUUCUUCUACGUGGGAAGAUGAAGUUGAGGGGUUGGAUAAAGGAACAUUUGAAUAUGCUCUUGCAUGAAAACUCACAGAAUAUCCUGCCUUAAAUUUGAUGUUGAUUUCAUUUUGGAAACCAACUGUUGUUACAUUUGUUAAACAUACCUGCAUUUUGGAGAUAUGUUGGUCACAUCCAUUUUGUUAAAUAAAUAUUUGUUGCAAACUCAAAAGGCACUUCAUGUUUCUUUUAUUUGAGGAACAGUAGAAUGGUAGAUAAGAAAUGGUUAACAGCAAAGAAAUACUACAAUAAACAAUUCACGAGAAAGUUAGCAUGGCCAAAAAGUAUUUUAAGAAUCAGAUGAAAUCUGCCUCUUCAGAGGAGAAUCUCAUUUCUACUGUGUCUCAUGACAGGCUGGAGAGAAAGGUGAAGAACAAAAGACAAGCACACGAAUGGAGAAUGCUUAAGUGGUAAUUCCCUCCCCUUCUCUUCUGAUACAACUUUCUGAAGCUCAGAGACUGUGCUUAUACACUGAGAAUACAAAAAUGGAGGACAACAAGUGGUUGUGGCUCAGAGGAGGUGCCUGCAAGAGGCGUGUGUCCAUGUUGCUGAGAUGAGAGGAAUAAGGCUUGGUCCACGCACUACCGAUAAUAAGGAAUUAAUGAGAAAGCUAAAGAUCACAGCAAUUGCUAACUCACCUCU